UAGAGAACGAGGGAGGCCAAACCCAAUGCCAAUGGAUGGCUGCAACGAGACGAGCAAACGCAAGGACAGGUACAAGUACUACCUGCUCCCAGCACAACAGCCAGCCAGUCCUCUCCUAGUCUUGCUUGUCCUCUCUUCUUCCCUAGUCCUCUUCCUCUUGCUCCUGCGCAUAGGGGCCUAGGAGGAGCACGCAGAGAGGGUUGGUGGAGGUGGGACGGGGUGGUGUGCCCAUGGGGAGGACGCCGUGCUGCGACAGGGCGGCCGUGAAGCGGGGCCCCUGGUCGCCGGAGGAGGACGAGGCGCUGCGCAGCUACGUCCAGCGCCACGGCAGCGGCGGCAACUGGAUCUCCAUGCCUAAGAAAGCCGGGCUCAAGAGGUGCGGCAAGAGCUGCAGGCUGCGCUGGCUCAACUACCUCCGCCCCGACAUCCGCCACGGCGGCUUCACCGACGAGGAGGACGCCGUCAUCGUCUCCCUCUACACCCAGCUCGGCAGCAAGUGGUCGCUGAUCGCGUCGCAGCUGGAGGGGAGGACGGACAACGACGUCAAGAACUACUGGAACACCAAGCUCAAGAAGCGCCUCCUCGCAGCCGCCGCCACCGCCGACGUCGUCUCCACCCGCUCCCCGCCACCCGUCCUGCGGCUGGCCGCGGCGCCGGGCCCGACACCCGCGUCGUCGCUGUUCCCGUCGCUCGCCAUCCCGACCGUGAAGACCGAGACGUACACCUGCGACGACUUCCUGGCGCCCACCGCGUUCCGGGACGACGACCCGUUCGCCGUGGCCGGCGGGAGCGCGGACGCCGCCGCCGCCGACGGCUCCACCUCGGCCUCCGCGGCGUCGUCGGCGUCCAACUGGUCAGCGGACAACGGCGCUGUGGGUGACGGCGAGGGGUCGUACUUGCUGGACUUCUGCACGGGCUCCGGCAUCGGCGGCGCUGACGGCCACCUCCAGCUCCCCGGCGGCUACUACUACCCUCUCGACCCGACCUUGUCGCUGGUAUAGCUUCGUCGGUUUCCAAACCACAGUAGCGGUAGGAUCGGUAGCAUGCGCAUGUGAUGUUCUUGGGAUCACUGCUUCGAUGAUCAGACGCUGCGUGCAUGCAAGUCGCGCCUUGUCGCCAUGAGAUCAACUCUAAAAAUUUCAGUUGCCAUCUGGAAACAGAAAACUGUUCAUUGUGGUUCGAGAUUUCAAACGCGUUCUAGCGAAAUUGUGGAAAUACAUGUUCUCUUGAUUACUAGCUUCUGUGCUCUGAACUAUCGAUCGCGUCAGUAAAUUGUCCACAUAACGAAGAGACAAGCUUCUGCAAAGUGUCCAUCAAAUGUAGUGCAGCUCGUCAGGUUUAGGAUGCCUUGAUGUAUAAUUGAAAAAUCUUGCUCUUC